GCUGUGUGCUGUUAAAGGUGUUGCCGGCCAGCUGAGCUGGCUCCGAACCUGAUUGACAGCGCUGCUGUUUCGAAGGAAGAGGAAGACGGGCAGUUUUCAGGAUGUCAGCGGAUGAUAUGUUAAAGUCUCACGCGGCCGCCCUCAAAGAAGGCACGGAGAGAGCUCGCAGCGCGGCACAGACCCUACUGAAUGUGCCGUACGGGGAUGGAGACCGCGAGAAACUGGAUGUGUACAUACCCAGCAGUCCUUCUUUAGAUUUGCCGCUGGUUAUUUAUCUCCACGGCGGAUAUUGGCAAUUUCUGAGUAAGGAAGAGUCCGGGUUCCUCGCCGUCCCCCUGGUUCAGAAGGGUGCGGUCGUGGUUGCCGUGGGUUACGAAACUGCCCCAAAAGGCGGCAUGGAUUUGAUGGUGUCACAGGUGCGACGGAGUGUAGUGUCUGUCGUACAGCAGUACUCUCACAUCAGUGGGUUGUACCUGUGCGGCCAUUCUGCAGGUGCCCACCUUGCUGCGAUGAUCCUGAGCACAGACUGGUCUGAAUACAGCGUCACUCCCCAAAUCAAAGGUGCAUUCCUCGUCAGUGGCAUUUUUGACCUGUUGCCUGUGCUCUCCACCCAUGUGAAUGAGCAGCUGAAGAUGACUGAGGAGGCGGCAGUGAGGAACAGCCCAAGCCGAUUGGUCGCUCAGCUGAAGCAGUCCUCCUCUGAUUGUGACAUUGUGGUUGCCAUGGCGCAGAAUGACUCCCCUGACUUCAGGAAGCAGUCGGAGGAAUACUUCAAAGCUCUGGAGUCCUCUGGGCUGAAGGUGACCCUGGAAGAUGUCCCAAACACGGACCACUUCAGCAUCAUUGAGCAGUUUGUGUGUGGAGACUACCACCUCACUCGGCUCCUGUUGAACAUGAUUGGAAGAAGCUGAAGAGACACUGAGCUCCUUACCCACAAUUCACCGCUCUACAGUGCCUGACCUCUGCCCGACCCCGUGCAAAGUGCACUCGGCCUCAUUUUCAUUUCCCGUGAAUCACCAGGCUGCUGGGUUGGCAUGGUUACAUCAGUCAGAUGGCCUUUAUGCAGUGAUGGGGGGAAUGGUCGGGGCCUAACAUAUUCUGUCAGUCACUGUGAUGUCAGGCUUGGCUGUUCUCAGAGGGAAAAAAAACACAGUUAAUUUGUGGAAAUUAGUUUGCCAUUGAUGACCAUUGAUGACCUCACAGCUGUCCAGGAAAUCCUAAUUUUCCAUCUAUAAUGCAGCAUUAAUUUCCUGUUCCGGUGGUGAGCGAAUUCGCUUCACGUUUGCUCCAGUGACAGAAACAACCCAGCACCAUAGUUUUACCGAACUUGUACAGACUGGGUUUACUUGCUGUUGUUAUUGUCACUCUAAUAAUUAUUUUUAGUGGUUCUUGUUAUUGUUUUCCCCCUAAACUUUGUAGUUCAGAGGUAAAUAAAUGUGAACUUCUGACUAUUUCAUAUAAGUGCUUGCAUUACUGUAAUUGGUUUGAAGUACUGGGUAAAGAAACAUUAAGCCCUAUCUAGGCCUGCUGGUAGUAAUCUGGGAUUUGCACUAAUAAUGUCCUUAGUGUGUGAUUUAGCUAUGACACAACCUGCACUUAUUUGCACAAAACAGUUCACUUUAUUGGCUUUCACUGAAGUAAUUGUGGCCCCUGUAGAUAGUAUCAGCGCUUAUCCGUUGAAGUGGAUAGAUCGAGACUUUAUAUUAAAAGAAAUUAGCACAAUUAAUCACACUUUGUUUCAUUAUUUCAUAUUGUGAUGCGUUCCGUUUUUAUUCUGGCAGUAAGGCAAAAAUAAACACAGACUGUUAAAAGAU